AUGCAACACCUUCAAGAACUCGAAUCCCGUCUCGAUUCCCUGAUCUCCGAAAAUCGCCUACUCGUUGCUGCUCGCGAAGCGGCCGAAGAUAAAUUGCGUAAUGCUAGUGUAGCUCGUCGGAAAAGCGACCAUGCCCUCAACCGAAGCGAUGCUGACCUGCGCGACCGGUCAGCAGAGGUGGAACAACUCAAGAGCUCAGUCGAGUGGCUGCAGAAAGAAGUCUCCCGAUUGACAGGAGAAAACGAAUCUCUGUUGACCACGAAUUCGGGUUUGACCGCCACCCAUGCCUCCGAAGUUCAAGCCAUGCAGGGCGCUUACGAUCGCAAAAUUGAGGAACUGCGUACUGCAAAUCAGCAACUCUCUACCGAAAUGCAGACCAAGAUUCGUCAGGAGAUUGACGGCGCCGUGUCGCAGAAGGAUCACGAGCUCCGACGAUUGCGAGAGGAGCUGGAGACGACCCGCGACAGGGUCAAACAGCUACAACAACAGAUUGCGGAGAAUAUGCGGGACGAGGUGCUCGUCUUUCGCGAUGAGGACUACUUCGAUGCUGCGUGCCAGAAGCUCUGCGGGCAUGUGCAGCAGUGGGUCCUGCGCUUUUCUAAACAUUCCGAUCAUCGUCGCUGCCGCAAGCUAAGUGAUCUGCAAGACGAGAAGAUCGCCGACCGGUUCGAAAAUGCCAUUUUGGAUGGCUCCGAGGUCGACCUUUACCUUGCCGACCGUGUCCGACGUCGUGAUGUGUUUAUGUCGGUCGUGAUGACCAUGGUGUGGGAAUACAUCUUCACUCGAUAUCUUUUCGGCAUGGAUCGCGAUCAGCGACAGAAGCUCAAAUCACUGGAGAAGCAGCUGUCCGAGGUGGGGACGCGGAGUUCGAUUCACCGUUGGCGAGCCACUACCCUGACCCUGCUUGCACGACGACCAAUAUUCUCGAAGCAGCGGGAGACCGACACUGAAGCGGUGGCUCUCGAGAUUUUCGACACGCUGUCACGUCUUCUUCCGCCGCCUAGCAAUGUUGAAGCGCAGCUGCUGGAUUCUUUGCGCAAGGUGCUGCGAGUUGCUGUCCAUCUGUCGAUUGAGAUGCGUACGCAACUGGCGGAGUAUAUCAUGUUGCCUCCGCUGCAGCCGGAAUACGACACUAAUGGCGAUCUCGCCCGCCAGGUCUACUUCAACGCCUCGCUAAUGAACGAGCGCAGUGGCGAGACCACGUCGAAUGAAGAGCUGGAGUCUCAGCAGGCUGUGGUUCGCAUUGUUCUAUUUCCCUUGGUGGUGAAGAAGGGUAAUGAUGCGGGUGACGGGGACGAUGAAGUGGUCGUCUGUCCGGCCCAAGUGCUCAUUGCACGACCAAACAAGGAUAAGAGGGUGUCCAAAAUGCUCAGUGGUGAUCGUAUGUCGCUCGAUGCCACCCGAUCGGUGCACAGCGCAGCUCCGUCGUCAACUAUGGACUUGAGCAACGUGAUUUGA